AUGGCCAUCAAAGUAGCAACGUUGCUCGCAAUCAUUCUCCUCCUUCUUGGUAAUCCAGUAUCAGGACAAGUUGUCAAAUUGACGGGGAAUAAUUGGAAGCAAGCCUUAACUGGAGAAUGGAUGAUUAAAUUCUAUGCUCCUUGGUGUCCAGCUUGUCAAAACCUUGCUGAAACAUGGACUAAUUUUGCUACGUGGGCAAAAAAACAAAAGGAUCAUACUGUCAGCGUUGCAGAAGUAGAUGUAACACAAGAUGAAGUGACACAACAGGAUAGCCUUAUCGAACAAGUGACAAUAAAUAGAUUUGGUCUAACGUCGGAGUUCUUUUUAGCUUUAGGAGCACAAUUUAUGAUCACCGCCUUACCCACUAUCUUUCAUGUAAAGAACGGCCAGUUUCGCAAAUAUUCACCUCCACCCACUUUAAGCAACUUUCAGGCGUACAUCACCAAUCAGAAUUGGGAAAAAGCUGAUCCGUUAUCUUGGUGGAAAUCGCCUAGCUCUAUAACGAUGGUUGGGCUUGGCUAUUUAUAUAAAUUCUCCAUGCAACUUAAGAGUCUCCAUCAAAUGCUAGUAUCAGAGUACAACAUUCCGGAGUAUGUUGCCUACGGUAUAAUGGGUCUUGGAUUUAUUAUAGUCGGACUCGUUAUUGCUUUGCUUGGUAGUUCAUUGAUUGAUAGUGCAUUAGGAACUCCAUCGCCAAAUAGAAAUGUUCAGGAAUUAAUAGAUAUGCAACAACCCGAAAAUGAUAGUAAUACACAAGAUCCUGCAACCAGCGAAGAUGUUCAAGAUAAUAACAAUAAGGAUGAAGAUAAAGAUAGCACGGCGGGAACUGAUGAAGGUGCAAAGGUUGAAGAAGAUUACGUAAUAGUCAAUAAAAGUUAUACCAAAACUGAAGGAUCACCAAGAAGUAGUCCGCGCAGAAGGAAACUAAAAGCGUCUGCCGAUUAAAAAUUUCCUCUGCUCGUAACCAUAACGAAAUAUUUUUAGACUCUGCCAACGAUACGCAUAGUAAGCAGGAAAUGUGUAACGUUCCAUUUUACCGUAUGGUACUGUGAAAUGCUUAAAUUACAAUAAAAACUGUACUAUCAAUUCUAACAGAAUUGAAUCAAUGCAAUAAUAUAACUCAGCUACUGUCAAUUGUAUGCGCAACCACUUUAAAUAUGUAAGUAAGAUACUUGUCUUUUUUAUAUUGUAUCUUAAUAAAUCGACUUAAAUGUGAGUAUGUGUUCGCAAAAUGUUAUCUUUCAAUUAAAAAUGGUGCUUUUUGCAUAUAUUGUAAUAUGUUAUAUUCUAAAUUUCAUGGUAAUGUUGUGAUUGAGCACGUUAUGGUUAAUAUGAAUAAACAACAC